ACGACAUGAAGUUAGAGGACAAGUGUUGGUGAUCGAUCCACCGCCACCACCAGGUUUCGUACUUUCAAGUUCCAUUUCAACUAGUUCUAAAAGAAAUUUGAAAACUAAAAAAGAUGGACAAGUUUUUUCAACGGAAAAAGAUUAA